AUGAAGUUCUCGAGUGCAAUUGUCCUGCCGUUACUGUCGCUCGGCUCAGGCCUUGCUGCUGCUGCUUCGUGGAGUUUCGAGGAUGCCACUCUCAGCAUCGCCAGCAAAGGUGCUGGUGUAGGUGGUGCCCUCAAGGAGAAACUGUCUCCUGAAGCUCAUCUCAGCAAGCAAGUCAAGCUCGGUCCCACCGACUCGCUCAAGCUGGUCAUGACGACCACCGAGGACAAGACAGCAAAGAGGCCUCACCAAGCCUUCCUCACUCUUCACGAGCCCAAGACUGGCCUCGAGGAAUCCUUCGUCUUCAGUGUCAAGGACAGCGGCAAGGCCAAGGUCGAAUUGUCGCAAAAGGACCUCCCCUUCCAGUUACUCAGCGCAAGCGACCCUCUCCAGGCCAAGCUCCUGAUCGCCUCGUUCGGAUCUUCUGAUGCCUACUACACACAUGCCUUCGACUUGACUAUUACCCGCGACGCCAAUGUGCCUCUCAGCACUCCCGAGCCCCCUCUUCGCUACGGCAAGCUGUCCGAGAUUCACCACAUCUUCCGUAGCGACCCCAAGUCGCCUCCUACCAUCCUAUCUAGCGUCUUCACUCUCGCCGUCCUGGCUUGUCUACCCGCCCUUGUUGGUGGAUGGUUGUUCCUGGGCGCCAAUUUCAACCACCUCUCGAAAGCCAUGAAUGCUGCACCCAUCUCGCACGCCCUGUUCUUUGGCAGCAUAGUUGCAAUGGAGUUCAUCUUCUUCCUGUACUACUCUUCCUGGACUCUCUUCCAGAUCCUGCCUCCUGCUGGUCUGGUAGGCACCGUUGCAUUCUUGAGUGGCAGCAAGGCCCUGGGAGAAGUUCAGCAGCGCAGACUUGCUGGUCUGAGAUAA